AGCACCCACCCCAUGUUCCAGGGGUCCAACCCCCUCCCGUCCAUCCACAGAGAUCCCCUUGAUGCCACCGCAGCCACCGGCCCCGUGACCCUGCCCCGGCCCCGCAGGGCCCAGGGGACCCCGCUGGGGACCUGCCCCACAGCCACCACCCUGUUUGCUCCGGUGCUGGCACAGCCAAGGAGGCUGUGCCAGGCAGGCAGAGGCAAAGGCAGCUCCGGCCCCAGGCUGGGGCACAGGAGGGAUGGGCUUCCAGCGGAGCCACCGGCUGAACCUGCUGCGCCUCAUCGUGCUGCUCCUCGUGGCCUUGGCUGGCAUCAAGUUCCUGUUCCGUGACAGCUUCACCCUGGAGCUGCACAAGCAGGUGAGCAAGGACAGUGGGUUCUGGGGCGAUGCUGGUGACACCAUUGAGGACACCGGACCCCAGAGCCAGGUCCUGCUGCUCCCGGUGGCCAAGAUAACAGCCCCGAGGCAGGAGGCUGGGCAGGUCACCAGGGACACCAGGGACACCCCGAUGAGGCUGGUCCACCUGGACCUCAAGGGAGCUGCGCCCCGAGUCUCCUACCUGGAGCAGGUGUUCCCACUGCUGUCCCUGCUGGGAGCCAACGGUGUCCUCAUGGAGUACGAGGACAUGUUCCCCUUCAAAGGGGAGCUGGAAGUGCUCAGGUCCCCAUACGCAUACAGUGAGGAGGACAUCGAGCGCAUCCAGCAGCUGGCAGAGCUGCACAAGCUGGAGGUGGUUCCCCUGGUGCAGACCUUUGGGCACGUGGAGUUCAUCCUCAAGCAUGAGAAGUACCAGCACCUGCGGGAGGUCGAGCGCUUCCCCAACAGCUUCAACCCUCACACCCCGGACACCCUGGCCCUGCUCAAGAGCAUCCUGUCCCAGGUGAUGGAGAAGCACAAGCGCUCCACAUGGAUCCACAUUGGUGCAGAUGAGGUCUUCCAUCUCGGGGAAGGGAUGGACUCCAAGAACUGGAUGAGCCACAACAAGGGCGACACAGGGACCAUGUUCCUGAACCACAUCAAGGAGGUGCUGGGCUUCAUCACCACGCAGUACUGGGGGCUGCGGGUGCUCAUGUGGGAUGACAUGCUGCGGAAGAUCAGCGUGGGAGCCCUGCAGGACUCUGGCAUAGCAAAGCACGUCUCACCUGUGGUGUGGUUCUAUGCACCCGACUUCGAGGCCGAGCAGAUUGUGCCGUUCCUCACCAAGUACGCAGAGAGCGGCUUCGAGGCCGUGUGGUUUGCCAGCGCCUUCAAGGGCACCACAGGACCAGCACAGGCCUGGCCCCCAUUGAGCUUCCACCUGCGGAACCACCUGAGCUGGCUGCGGGUGAUGGAGGCACUGCCCCAGCUGGCCCCACUGCGGCUCCAUGGCACCGUCCUCACCGGCUGGCAGAGGUAUGAUCACUACUCAGUGCUCUGUGAGCUGCUGCCUGUCGGGAUCCCCUCGCUGGCCAUCUGCCUGCAGACCCUGGUGACCGGGGGAUUCACGGAAGAGACAAAGAGGAAGGUCCUGGAUGUGCUGGGCUUCGAGAGCAUGCAGCUGGAGCAGAGCACAUGUGAGGGCAGAGGAGUGUUCCCUGGUGCAGAGAUCUACCACAUGGUUGAGCAGGUUAAUGGGCACCUGAAGGAGAGCAUCCAUAAAGCCCUGGAGGAAGAGAGUGCCAUCAAGGGCUGGUUCAGCCCCUACCAUCGGAAGCACCAGUUUGGUAACCCCCGAAACAUGGAGAGCUUUGGCAGCAAGGUGCUCAAGCUCCAUGAGGACUGGGAGAGCUUCAUCCGUGACCUGCGCACCCACUUGGAGAGGGUCUAUUACCCGGACACGGUGGAGGAGUGGCUGGAGGAGAACGUCAACCCCUACCUGGACCAGCUGCGGGACCUGGUGCGGGACUACCGAGCCAUCAUCCGCCUCAACGCCCGGCCCAAGGCCACGUAAGGGCCAUUGCCCCCCCCCAGCUCCCACUGUCUCCCCUGUGCUGGGCUAUGGGGCCACAUCCUGUGCCAUCCGGUGCCCACACUGCUGCUGUGGCCGCCCUGGAUGGAGCUGCUCCUG